GCCACAGACCAAGCAGCUCCGGCUUCAGUCCCCUCUGUCUGCGCUCCUGCCUCCACUCCUUCUACUCCACCUUUGACCACCCCGUCUGGAUUUGUCUCCUUCCUCCUGCCCUGUGGAUUUAAGCUGACCGUCUGGGCCCUUGGUAACUAACUCCUCACAGCCGGUGGCCUGGUGAUGGCGGAGGGUGUGCGUCCUGAGGAUUACUGCGACGAACCCGUGGAAGACGAGUUCGGAGAGAUCAUCAAACGUUGGUCUGAUGAAAGAGAAGACGUUCAGAAGAAGACUUUCACCAAAUGGGUGAACAUACGGUUGGCUAAGACAGGAAAACCACCUGUGGAGGAUCUGUUCUCCGAUCUGUGUGAUGGACGACGUCUGCUCGAGCUCCUGGAGGGACUCAUAGGACAUGAGCUGGUGAGACUGGAGAAAGGGACCACCCGUGUUCACUCACUUAACAAUGUCAACCGUGCCCUGCAGAUCCUGCAGAAGAACAAUGUUGAUUUGGUGAACAUUGGAGCGGCAGACAUCGUUGAUGGGAAUCACAAACUGAUUCUCGGGCUCAUCUGGAGCAUUAUUCUCCACUGGCAGGUGAAGGAUGUGAUGAAGGAUGUGAUGGCGGGCCUACAGCAGACCAACAGUGAGAAGAUUCUGCUGAGCUGGGUUCGUCAGAACACACGACAGUAUCCUCAGGUGAAUGUGGUUAACUUCUCCAGCAGCUGGAAUGAUGGAUUGGCCUUCAAUGCCCUCAUCCACAGCCACAGGCCGGAGCUGUUUGAUUGGAGCGCGGUGGAGAAGAAGACGUCGGCGAUCGACAGACUGGAACACGCCUUCAGUAAGGCGGAACAGCACAUGGGCAUAGAGAGGCUGCUGGACCCUGAAGAUGUGGCGGUCUCGCACCCCGACAAGAAGAGUAUCAUCAUGUACGUGACGUCGCUGUUCAGGGUGCUUCCUCAAAGCGUUUCCAUGGAGGCCAUUCAGGAAGUGGAGGCGCUGCCGUCAGCGGCCAUGGCUGCGCGUGUUACAACGGAGGAGCACUACCAGAUCCAGACCCAGCAGCGUUUCUCUCAGCAGAUCACGGUGAGUGUGGCUCAGGGCCGUGUGCGGAGCCCCUCCCCUCAGCCUCGCUAUAAAAGCUAUGCCUACACCCAGGCUGCAUAUGUCAAGUCACCAGAGCAAAAGAGGAGACGUUUUACUGAGCAGUUCCUGACCCGCAGCCAGGAGGAGCUGCAGCGGGGCCUCAGCCCUCUGCUUCCUGGAUCCACGAGCCUGGAGAGCUACCAGGCUGCUCUGGAGGAGGUGUUGACGUGGCUGCUGUCGGCAGAAGAUGGCCUCCAUUCUCAGCCCCCCAUCUCCAGCCAUGUGGAGGAGGUGAAGGAGCAGUUUCACACACAUGAGGGUUACAUGACGGAGCUGACCACACAUCAGGGUAGCGUUGGCCGUGUCCUGCGGGCCGGGGCUGCUUUGCUGUCAGAGGGUAACCUCAGUGAGGAGGAGGACACUGAGGUCAGGGAGCAGAUGAACCUCCUGAACUCCCGGUGGGAGCACCUAAGAGUGGCAAGCAUGGAGAGACAAAGCAGACUCCAUGAAGUCCUGAUGGACCUGCAGAACCAGCAGCUCCAGCAGCUCACACAGUGGCUGGACGCCACCGAGGCUCGCAUCAAGAAGAUCGGCCUGCAGCCGCUGGGCCCUGACCUGGAGGACAUCAAGCACCAAGUAGAGGAGCACAAGCUCCUUCAGGAGGACUUGGAGCUGGAGCAGGUGAGGGUGAAUUCUCUGACCCAUAUGGUGGUGGUCGUUGAUGAGAGCACCGGAGACAGUGCAACCGCCGCCCUGGAGAGCAAACUUCAGGUUCUGGGUGACCGCUGGGCAGCUAUUUGCAGAUGGACAGAGGAGCGCUGGAUUCUGCUUCAGGACAUCCUAUUAAAGUGGCAGCACUUCACUAACGAGCAGUGUUUGUUUGACUCCUGGCUGACUCAAAAGGAGGAGCUGGUUCGCUCCAUUAAGACGUCCAACCUGAAAGAGCAGGCAGAGUUAGCAGCCUGUCUACGUCGUCUUUCUAGCCUGAAAGCAGAGCUGGAGGCGAAGCAUCCCACCAUGGACAAGCUGUGCUCUAUGAGCCAGGAUCUGCUCUUCAGUGUCAAGAACAAAGAAGUAGCCUCCAAACUGGAGGCCAGACUGGACAGCUUUGCUCAGCGUUGGGAUCGUCUGGUCCAGAGUCUGGAGAUGAACAUCUCCCAGCUUUCCUCAGUGGUCAGCACCACCAGCACCACCAGGCAGUCUGAGGCGACCCACUCUGUCACGGCGACCGUUACCAAGGUGACCACCAGGGAGAAGGUGUCGGCUUUGCGGCAAACUCGAGAGUCGCCGCCGCCUCAGAAGAAGAGACAAGUGGUUGUGGACUCUGAGCUGAGGAAACGGUUUGACGUUGACUUCACAGAGGUCCACAGCUACAUGACCCGUGGUGAGGCCAUCCUGCAGAGCCCCGAGUUCUCAGUGUCACGCAAAGACGGGAGCAUUCAGGAGCUGCAUGACAAAGUUCUGGCCAUCGACAGAGAGCGGCCAGAGAAGUACAGAAAGCUUCAGGAGGCGACGCGCACGGCGCAGACGCUCGUCGAGCAGGAGGGGAGCCGUGCAGACGACAUCGCACAGGCAGCAGAUCAGCUGAACCAGCGAUGGGCGGGAUUCUGUGUCCUGCUGGCGGACCGGCUGACAUGGCUAGCUUACCAGACAAAGGUGCUGGCCUUCUACAGCUUGUAUGAGCAGUGUGAGCAGGCAGUGGACACCAGUGAGAACUGGCUCAAAGUCCAGGCGCCUCCAGCGUCGGACCCAGAACCUCUCAGAGUACAACUGGACCGAUGUCGGGAGGAGGUGGCUCGCCUGUCCUCUCUGCAGCCCCAGGUGGACCUCCUUGAAAAGCGGCUGAAGGAGCUGAAGGAUGAAAAGGAAGGAGAUGAGGACCCUUCUGCCUUCCUGGAUGCUGACAUCACUGCCUUCAAAGAACACUACCACAAGGUGCUGGAGGAUCUGCGGGCCAGAGAGAGGCAGCUACAACUGGUUUUGGAAAGCUUGCCCCCAGCUCAGUAUAAGGAGACCAUAGCCACGCUGUUGGCAUGGUUACAGCAGUGUGAAGCCAAGAUUUCCAUCCCAUCAACGGCUGUUACAGAGUAUCCCACUAUGGAGCAGAGACUCAAGGAUCUGCAGGUGCUCCAGAUGUCUCUGGCUGAACACCAGGGCGAGGUUGACUACCUGACGUCAGCCGUCGAGCAGGUCUUUCAGAAAGCUCCACCAGACAUCAGCCAAAAGUAUCGCAUAGAGAUAGAUGCCAUAAUGGCACGCUGGAGACGCCUGGGCUCCACUCUGACAGACAGUAUUCAGAGAAUCCAGGAGCUCAUGGCCAAGCUGAUGCAGUUUGAGAAUGACGUGAAAACGCUAAAGAAAUGGAUGGCAGACGUGGACGUCUUUCUGAACGAGGAGUGGCCGGCUCUGGGAGACUCUGAGGCGCUGGAGAAACAGCUGGAGCAGUGCACAGCUCUUGUGAACGACAUCCACACCAUCCAGCCCAGUGUGAACGGAAUCAACGAAGUGGGUCUGUACCUUAAGAAGGAAGCAGAGCCACCCUUUGCCAUCCAUAUCCAGAAAGAACUUGACGAACUGAACGCUCAGUGGGAGAAUGUCUGCAAACAGGCCUAUGCAAAGAAGUCUGCCCUCAAAGGAGGCCUUGACAAGACCAUGGCCCUGAGGAAGGAGAUGCAGGAAAUGCAGGAGUGGAUAAACCAGGCUGAGGAAGACUAUCUGGAGAGAGACUUCACUUACAAGACACCAGAAGAGUUACGCAAGGCAGUCGAGGAGCUCAAGAGGGCCCAGGAGGAGGUCCACUCCAAGGAGCAAAAGGUCAAACUCCUGACUGACAGCGUCAACAGUUUCAUCGGCAAGGCUCCGCCCACAGCCCAUGAUGCAUUGCGGUCAGAGCUGGACAUACUAACAGCCAACUACCAGCGUUUGUGUAGCCGCCUGGAUGGAAAAUGUAAAACUCUGGAGGAGGUCUGGGCAUGCUGGUGUGAGCUGCUGUCCUACUUGGAGCAGGAGAAUGCCUUCCUGGAUCAGCUGGAGCAGAAACUGGACGAAACAGAAAACCUGCAAGGAGGAACGGAGGAGCUGCAGGAGGCGCUGGAUAGCCUUGAGGUUCUUUUGCAACACCCAGAGGACAACAGGAACCAGAUCCGAGAACUGGCCCAGACGCUGAUGGACGGGGGGGUUCUGGAUGAACUGAUUCAGCACAAACUGGACGCAUUCAACACUCGAUGGGAUGAACUCAUGGCAAGGGCGGCGCUUCGGCGGAAGGAGCUGGAGCAGAGUGCGCAGUGGGCCCAGGAGAACGACGCCAUGCUCAGGCGAAUCCAGGAGUCCUUGGCAAACACCGACCGCCAUCUCACCGCUUACCUGUCUGACCACAUCGACGCCCAGCAGAUCCCACAGGAGGCUCAGAAAAUCCAGACGGAGUUGAAUGGCCAUGAAGCGGCUCUGGCAGACAUGAGGAAGAAGAACCAGGACAAGGACCCUUCACACAGGAUCGUGGGACAGAUAGACUCAACUCAGAAAACGUUGGCGGACGUCUGGAACAAGUUCCGUCUCUUUCAGAAGCCGGCCAACUUCGAUUCGCGCCUGGCCGAGUGCGAGCGCGUGCUGGCCGCGGUCAAAGGUCAGGUGGGGCUGCUGGGCAUCCGCAGCGUGGAGCAGGACGUGGUGCAGUCGCAGCUGGAGCAGUGCAUGAAGCUGUACAAGACACUGAGCGAAGUGAAGGGGGAGGUGGAGACUGUGAUUAAAACGGGCAGACAGAUCGUCCAGAGGCAGCAGACUGAGCAACCCAAAGAGCUGGACGACAGGGUGACCGCCCUGAAGCUGCUCUACAACCAGCUGGGAUCACAGGUAACGGAGAGUAAGCUGGAGCUGGAGAAGAGCCUGAAGCUCUCCAGGAAGCUGCGUAAGGAGCUCAACGGGCUCACCGAGUGGCUGGCAGCUACCGACGCCGAGCUGACCAGGCGCUCGGCCGUGGAGGGCAUGCCUGGAGACCUGGAGGCUGAAGUCACAUGGGCACAGUCCGUCCACAGUGACAUCAAGAGGCAUGAGCCUCAGCUGCAGGCGGUGGUGGACCUGGCGGAGGCCCUGAAGGCGGUGCUGAAGGGCCACGGGGGCCUGGUGGACGACAAAGUCAGCCUGUUGCACUGUAACUGGAUCGCUGUCACAUCCAGGGCAGAGGAGUGGCUCAACCUGCUGCUGGAUUACCAGCACCAGAUGCAGAAGUUAGAUGGACAGAUAAAGGAAGUGCAUGAAUGGAUUGACGGAGCAGAGAGGAAGAUGGAUGAAAUAGAAAAUCAGGGGCCCAAUGAUGCUGUGCUGAAGGUGUUGCGUGCAGAGCUGGAGCUGACCAAAGGCAAGAUGGAGGAGGUGAGGGAUUUGGCACAGGAGCUCAUGUCCACUAGGGGAGAGAAGUGCCAGGCCCAGGUAGGACCCAGAAUGGAGCAGCUCAACCAGAGAUUUGACAUCAUCUCCCAGCGGAUCACCUCUGGAUUGACGGCGGCAUCGGCCCGGGAGCUGGAGCAGUACCACAGCCAAGUACGGGUCUGGCUGGAGCUGCUGGAGGAGGAGGCCAAACAGGGGGAGAACCUGAAGGAGGAGGACUUCCAGGAGGACAAGAAUUGUGAGGAGGGUGCGGUGCAGGAGUUGCUGCUGAAAGGAGAGAACCUACAAAAGAGAGCGCCAGAUCGAGACAAGCGAGAGCAGAUCAGGGUGAAACACAACCAGCUCAGCAGCAAGUACAACGCUGUUAAGGACCUGCGUGUCCUGAGGAACCGGAAGGCCCUGGCCAUCGCUCCCCAGUGGUACCAGUACAGGAGGAAGUCCCACGAUCUCAUGGCCUGGCUGGACGACAUCCAGCGCAGCGUGGACCAACUUCCUGACCCUCCCCAAGGAGAGCGGGUCAAGGAAAUUGGCUCAGAGUUCGACAAGAAGAAGGAGGAGCUUAAGGAGGUGCAGGGCUUAGCCAAUCAGCUCUCACAGGCUGGAGCCGGCAAUCUAGUGGAGCCCCGCCAACUCCAGCUCAACAGCCGCUGGGUUGAGGUGGAGGGCAAGUUCAUACCCUUCAAAAGACGAGAUUCGCGUCGCUGGCAGUUCACCGAUCUUCCAGUCACAGAAGAUGAGUACCUGACGGAGCUGCAGGCGCUGCUGCGUUCGGUGUCAGAGACGGACUUCAAGCUGAACUCUCCUGAAUACUGGCCUGCAGCGUAUUAUAACUUGCCCCAGCAAGAGCACUGCCUGAAGGACGUGAAGGAGAACAUGGACAAUCUGCAUGGCCCAGUGGAGGGAGCCCUGGCCCGCAGAGAGGACACGGUGUCGGGCUGCCGGCCGUUGGAGGGCCACAGGCUACAGGAGACCGCUACCCUGCUCAACACUAACUGGGACAAACUGAACAAGCUCUACAAAGACAGACUGAAGCGUUGGAAGGACUGCAGCUCCAAGUGGCAGAAGUUUGCCUCGGAUCACAAGGCGGUGGAGGAGUGGCUGAACCACGGCGAGAGCACUUUGAAACUGGCUGAGAGUGAGCCGGCAGCCCACAGGCAGCAACUCAGGGACCUGCUGGAGGAUAUACCUCUCCAGGAGGCGGUGCUGGGCAGAGUGAACGCUGCAGGAGAAGACAUCAGCCAGAUGAGCACACCAGAUGAUGCCUUACGCCUCAGAUCGCAGCUGAAAUCACUCAACGCUCGCUGGGCCAACGUCUGCCACGAGCUCAGGGAGCGCAGGAGGAGGUCUGCUGAGGCACACACUGCUGCCACAGAGCUAGAGGAGGACCUGGGCUCCAUGCUGGGCUGGCUGGAUAAGGCAGAGGGUGUGCUGGCCAUCCCUUUGCACCCUCCAGAACCACGGCACAUCAGAGAGACUUUGAGCAAAGUCCAGACGCGUGUGGAGCAGCUUCCUGCGAAGAAGUUGGCGGUGGAGAAUCUGAACGCCAAACAAAAGAUGCUAACCCUUCCUGCUGACAAGCACAAAGACAUCCGAGGCAUCAACACUCGCUGGUCCCAGGUGUCCAAGGCUCUGCCUGAGCGUCAGCUGGAGAUCGAAGGUCUACUAAAGGAGCUUUUGAAGCUCCAGGGUCAGCUGGAGGACCUUUCAGCCUGGGCGUCAACAACUAGAGCCAAGCUGGAGCAGAGUCCUGAGGAACCACCGCCCAAACUCAUUGACGACGUCCAGCUGAAGAAGCCAGAAGUGGAGUUUGUGUUGGAGCGAGCCAAUCAGCUGUACAGGGAGCCUCCCCCGGGUCGGCUGGACAAGGGGAAAUAUACGAAGCUAAGGGAGGACUGGACCGUGAUCCUGGAGCUGCUGCAGCAGCAUAAGGAGAGGAUGGCCACCGCUCACGUCUCCAAGAAAGCCUAUGAAGGGCCGACAAGAAGUUCCCAGCCUGAAUCGGACGCACUCCAGCAGUUUAACAAGUCCUGGGCUGAGCUGACGGAUUGGCUGAAGAUGCUGGACAACAUGGUGCAAAACAAGCAAGUGGUGGUCGCUGACCUGGACGACAUCAACGAAAACAUCAGCCAGCUGAAGGUAUCUCUGCAGGAGCUGGACAAGCGUCGCCCCCUCCUGGAGAAACAAGUAACAGCAGCACAAAAUCUGAAGAACAAGACCAGCAACCAGGACACGCGUAAUGCCAUCACAGAGCGAAUUGACAAGCUCCAGACCCACUGGGAGGACUCCCAGACCAAACUCUCCGACAGGCUUAAACAAAUCCUCAACAUGCUGCAGGACUCCACCAACUGGCUGGAUGCAAAGAGGGAGGUGGACUAUCUUCUCAAACAGGCCAAUGGGCGGCUGGAGUCGUGGCAGGAGAUCACGUACACAGCGGACGCGCUGAAGAAGCAGCACACCGACCUGAGGCUCUUCAUGAAGGAGCUGAAGCAGUGGCAGGGCCAUGUGGCUGAAACUAACGCGCUGGCCAGCAAGCUGCUGACGCUGUACGCCAACGACGACACUCACAAAGUCAGCCGGGUCAACGAUGACAUGCUGGCCACGUGGGCGCACAUCAACAAACGAGUUUCAGACAGAGAGGCAGCUGUGGAAGCUGGUCUGAAGCUGCUGCAGCAGUUCUACCUGGAUCUGGAGAAGUUCCUCGGCUGGCUGACGGAGGCGGAGACCACCUGCAACGUUUUAAUAGACGCCACUAACAAGGAGAGGCUGCAGGAGCAGCCUGAGGCGGCCAAGAGACUGCUGGCUCAGUGGAUGGACCUCCAGGCAGAGGUCGACGGUCAUAAGGAGCUGUAUCACUCCCUGGAUGAGAACGGCCAGAGGAUUCUGACCUCCCUGAGGGACUCUGACGACAGGGUUCUGCUCAACAGACGUCUGGACAACAUGAGGACGCGCUGGAACGACCUGGUCAGCAAGACUCUCAGCAUGAGGUCACAGCUAGACUCCGAGAUGGCUCCUUGGAAGAGGCUCCACAUGUCACUGCAAGAGCUGCUCAACUGGCUGAGGAUCAAAAGUCAACAGCUGGAGCAGGAGAAGCCUGUAGGGGGCGACGUCCCCACCGUGCAGACCCAGCUGGAUACCCACAGAGGGUUCAAAAUGGAGCUCCGAGCCAAGGAUCCAGUGGUGACCAAGGCUGUAGAUGAUGUGGGCCUGUUUCUUUCUGAACUGCCCAGAGAGACGCCCUCACCUGAACAGAGAGGACUUGGUUUGUCCCAAGCAUCAGACAUCAGCCCAGAGGAGCGUGCGCAGAACGUGGGCCAAGUGUUACGCAAAGAAGCAGACAGCGUGAUAAGCAAGUGGGACCGGCUCAACGCCGACUCGGCCGACUGGCAGAGGAGGCUGCAGGUGGCCCUGGACAGACUGAUGGAGCUCCAGGAAGCAGAAGAUCUGGUGGACACACAGCUGAGGCAGGCAGAGAUGGUGAAGGAGGCCUGGGAACCUGUAGGAGAACUGUUGACUGACUCCUUACCUGAGCACAUCGACAGAGUCAAGGAGUUCCAGGAAGAAAUCACUCUGAUUAAGGAGGAUGUUACACACAUGAACCAGUUGGCGUCCUCGUUCGAUCCCGCCGACAUCCAGCUGUCACCUAGCAACCUGGAACGCAUCGAGGACCUCAACGCGCGCUGGAGGCUGCUCCAAGUUACCGUGGAUGUGGGGAAAAGCAGCGCGGGCAGAAAUGGACUGGAUGAGGUGGACUCAAAGAUAUCUGUCAAAGAACAUCUGAAGCAACUGACAGACGCUCACGAGGACUUUAACCUUUCUCAAGGAUCAGUAGAAAGCCCCUUCCAGCAGGGCAUCUCCCCCAACAAUGUGCCCUAUUAUAUCAACCACCAGACCCAGACAACAUGCUGGGACCAUCCCAAGAUGACCGAGCUCUACCAGUCGCUGGCCGACCUGAACAACGUUCGGUUCUCAGCCUAUCGCACAGCCAUGAAGCUCAGACGCCUGCAGAAAGCUCUCUGCUUGGACCUGCUGAGCAUGCAGACGGCGUGCGAGGUGUUCGAACAGCACAACCUAAAGCAGAACGAGCAGCUGCUGGACAUCUCCCAGCUGGUGGCCUGUCUGACCAGCCUGUACCAGCAGCUGGAGCACAGCCACUCUCACCUGGUCAACGUCCAGCUGAGCGUCGACAUGUGCCUCAACUGGCUGCUCAACGUCUACGACACCGGGCGCACUGGAAAGAUCCGGACCCUGUCCUUCAAAACGGGCAUCAUCUCCCUGUGCAAAGCCCACCUGGAGGAUAAGUACAGAUUCUUGUUCCGACAGGUCGCCAGCGCCACGGGCUUCUGUGACCAGCGCCGUUUGGGCCUCCUCCUGCACGACUCCAUCCAGAUCCCUCGGCAGCUGGGCGAGGUGGCGUCCUUCGGCGGCUCCAACAUCGAGCCCUCCGUCCGCAGCUGCUUCCAGUUUGCCAACAACAAACCUGAGCUGGAGGCCUCAGUGUUCCUGGACUGGAUGCGUCUGGAGCCUCAGUCCAUGGUCUGGCUCCCCGUUCUGCAUCGGGUCGCAGCCGCCGAGACCGCCAAGCACCAGGCCAAGUGCAACAUCUGCAAGGAGUGUCCCAUCAUUGGCUUCAGAUAUCGGAGCCUGAAACAUUUCAACUAUGACAUUUGCCAAAGCUGCUUCUUCUCUGGCCGCGUCGCCAAGGGACACAAGAUGCAGUACCCCAUGGUUGAAUACUGCACUCCGACCACAUCAGGGGAGGACGUGCGGGAUUUUGCCAAAGUGCUGAAGAACAAAUUUAGGACCAAGCGCUACUUUGCGAAACACCCACGCAUGGGCUACCUGCCCGUCCAGACCAUCCUUGAGGGGGACAACAUGGAAACUCCCGUCACUCUGAUCAACUUCUGGCCUGUAGACCAUGCGCCUGGAUCGUCCCCUCAGCUCUCCCACGACGACACGCAUUCUCGGAUCGAGCACUAUGCCAACCGGUUAGCUGAAAUGGAGAACCGUAAUGGCUCUUAUCUGAAUGACAGUAUCUCACCCAAUGAGAGCAUCGAUGACGAGCACAUGUUGAUCCAGCACUACUGCCAGUCUCUGAACCAAGGCUCUCCUCUCAGUCAGCCCCGCAGCCCCGCCCAGAUCCUCGUCUCCAUGGAAACAGAGGAGAAGGGAGAGCUGGAGAGGGUCCUGGGUGACCUGGAGCAGGAGAACAGGAAGCUACAGGCUGAGUAUGAGCGUUUGAAAAAGGCCCACGACAGGAAAGGUCUGUCCCCACUGCCUUCACCGCCCGAGAUGCUGCCGGUGUCCCCGCAGAGCGCUCGAGACGCUGAGCUCAUCGCGGAGGCCAAGCUGCUGCGGCAGCAUAAAGGCCGUCUGGAGGCCCGCAUGCAGAUUCUGGAGGACCACAACAAACAGCUGGAGUCCCAGCUGCACAGGCUGAGGCAGCUUCUGGAGCAGACGGACUCCAAGGUGAACGGCACAGCUUUGUCCUCCCCCUCCACGUCCUCCCAGCGCUCCGACUCCUCCCUGCCGCUGCUCCGCGUGGCUGCCAGCCAGACUACUGACACAAUGGGUGAUGAUGAGUUUCCCAGCCCUUCCCAGAAUGCAUCUGGCCUGGAGGAAGUGAUGGAGCAGCUCAACAACACUUUUCCUCACAGCCAGGGUCCCAGCAUCGGCAGUUUGUUCAACAUGGCGGACGACCUGGGCCGCGCCAUGGAGUCGCUGGUCAGCGCCAUGACUGACGAGCGGAGCGUGGAGCUGCGGCGGGCCACGCCUUUUUGAUCCCCUCCACCACAUCGCAUGCUUUUUCUAGUCAAAACAACUGGAUUGACAACUGUUUACACAGAGAAUAUAAUGUCUAUUUUUGUGAAGGAUUGCCGUUAAAGCAACAAGUUAAAAAAAAAAAA